UGCAUUCCCCCCGGAUGUUUAACGUUAGCAGUGCUGCGGAUGUGAUGCAAUCAGAUGUAAGGAUAUUUUUCAACUUCUCGCAACAAGUUUUUAUUUUCGGUUAGAAAAUAACAUUGGGAACGACCCUUUGGAUUAACGUUGUAAUAUUUGUUUUCCGCUUUAUAUUCGGCUAAUCCGUGAGACAGUUAAACUGUCUAUUUCCGUUAGCAACUUCGUAACGACACCUUUUUAGAUGGGAGCUAACGUUUGCUAAUGUUAGCAGCUGGUGGAUUUUAUUCGAUUUCUCCCCUUUUUAAGAGUUAUUUGUGUCAAUCUCAGUCUCUUGUAUUCUCCUCAUAGUUAGCGACACAUCCCCAUCCACUGCGCCUCCCUAUGUACUUGUUUUGAAGCGCUGGGUGCCAGCGGAGUCAUCCCACCUGUACCCUCUUAUUGAGUGGAUCUAUCUUUAAAUGGCCACCGCUGCCACCGCUCCAGUCCCUGGCUCCACUGCGGCCACUGAAGACCCAAGUCCCGGAUCCAGCAGCUCGACUGCGGCCGACAGUGGCAACCAGGACAGCACUUUCGAGUGUAAUAUAUGUCUGGACACCGCCAAGGAUGCAGUGAUCAGCCUGUGUGGACACCUCUUCUGUUGGCCUUGCUUGCAUCAGUGGUUGGAGACCAGACCAAACCGACAAGUGUGUCCAGUGUGUAAAGCCGGUAUCAGCCGAGACAAAGUAAUCCCCUUAUAUGGACGGGGAAGCACAGGUCAACAAGACCCCAGAGAAAGAACGCCCCCUCGACCACAAGGGCAGAGGCCUGAGCCAGAGAACCGCGGUGGAUUUCAAGGGUUCGGCUUUGGAGAUGGGGGUUUUCAAAUGUCAUUUGGAAUCGGUGCUUUUCCAUUUGGUAUUUUUGCUACAGCUUUUAACAUCAACGAUGGCAGACCUCCUCCAGCGGCCCCUGGGACACCACAGCACAUGGACGAACAGUUUCUGUCUCGACUCUUCCUGUUUGUCGCUCUGGUGAUUAUGUUUUGGCUGCUGAUUGCAUAAAUGCAAGGAAAGACAACAUUUUGGGCUUACCCAAAAGAUUUGACAUUAUGGCACAUCAGCAGGGUUUGCACCCAUGUGAUUCUGCCUUCAAUUAUUUUCCUCUCCGUCAUUUUCCUAAAUAAAGAUAUUCGUUAAUCCCAGGAUAACAACUUUCAAGGUGAGCCACAUAACCUUGGUUGCUUAUGUUUUAAUUUAUUAACACAGUUGCUUUUCUAAGCAGCACACCAUCAUCUUUUGUUAUAUUUCCAUCACCCAAACUGCAUCAGCUAACGGCUACAGACUUCAUGCUGCUUGAAACAGCAGGUCUCUGUUACAUACAUGAGGUUGUUCUGGGGAGAGAAAGUCUUUAAGUACAGUUUUAGUAUUAAUACUGUAUUUAAAGAUAUGCUAAACAAAAUACCAACAGUGCUCUGGGCUCAUUACUUUGAUUUUCAUUCAUAUUUCAAUCCCAUAUGUUGCAUAUGGUAAUUCCCUUCAGCCUAUAUAUGGUGGGUUGCCAUAUUUGAUUCCUAUAACCCUUUUAUUAAAAUACAUUUUUCAGUUGGCCCUUCUCUAAUUGAGUCAUAGCAGGAAACGCACAGGUGUUACUAAUAACAUUAACGAAGGCUCUGUUCUACUCAAGGGUCCCAGUAAACCAUGACAGUGGGAACAUUAAUUUCAUUAUUUACACCUGUGCUUUUCCUACCGUUACAUCUGGUCACUAUAUCUUCCCUUAAAAACAUUUUAACCGGUUGCAAAGUUUCCUACUGAGUUUCACUCUGAGUACAAGCAGGUGCCUCCUGGUUGUCUCUCUUUUCAGUAAUGUACUAAGAGUGUUGGUUUUUUUGUUUUAUUUAGCUGUACCCAAUCUCACAAAUUACGCAUCUCAUUGGCGAAAAUGUACCAAAAUCAUACACAUUUCUUUAAAUCAAAACAACGUUAGACAGUGUCUCUUUAUUUUUAGAUUUAAAAAAAAGAAAUGUUGAUGCAUGUAAGCAGCUGAAAUAUUAAUUUAUGAAACAGUGUUCCUCUCAAUUUACUUUUCUUUUGCUCAGUUUUCUGUCACUGUAAUUAAAUGUAAAAUACUGUAAUUAUUACAGAAUUAUUACUGAUAUGAAGAAUGGCCUGAAACCACUUUUCUAAAUGUUAAUUCACUCUAUUGACAGUAAAGCUAUGUAAAUAAAGAUGUUAAUCAUA